UUUUUGUACGUACGACUUAAUCGCGCAGAUAACGGUGUUAUCAUCAGUAGCGCGGCAACAAGUCGCCGGCCGGACGUGUCGCCGUAUUAUAUUAACAAAAUGUUAAGAAUACUGAGAGGAGUUCAGCGUUUGAGCGGACAAUGCCGCCACUACAGCCAAGCCACGAUUAUAGGCAGCGAGCCGAACAGAAGCGACCCUACGUACUUAGAAAAUAAGGCGAGAAUGGACGAGCUAGUUGCCGAGCUUCGCCAAAAAACAAGUGACGUUAUACGCGGCGGGUCGGAGGACGCCGUGAAGAGACACACCGACCGCGGCAAGCUGCUCGUGCGAGACAGAAUAAACCGGCUCGUCGACGAGGGCAGCGACGUACUCGAGUUGAGCACGCUAGCGGCCACCGACAUGUACAAGAACCAGGUCCCUGGAGCUGGCAUCGUUACAGCGAUCGGCAAAGUUCACGGCCAAGAAUGCGUGAUAGUCGCUAACGACUCCACUGUUAAAGGAGGCACGUAUUUCCCGAUGACGAUCAAGAAACAUUUGCGCGCGCAGGCGAUUGCACAAGAGUGCCGGCUUCCGUGCAUUUACCUCGUUGACUCCGGAGGCGCUCACUUACCGGAUCAGGCCGACGUCUUCCCUGACAGGGAGCACUUCGGACGGAUAUUCUAUAAUCAGGCCAAUAUGUCUGCCGAGGGCAUACCUCAGAUAGCUGUCGUUAUGGGCUCGUGCACGGCCGGCGGCGCAUACAUUCCUAGCAUGUCAGAUGAGAGCAUUAUUGUUAAAAAUCAGGGUACAAUUUUCUUGGCCGGCCCACCUUUAGUAAAAGCAGCUACGGGGGAAGUAGUUACCGCAGAAGAAUUAGGAGGUGCUGAUCUUCAUUGUCGGCAAUCCGGUGUGACAGAUCAUUAUGCUCAAAACGACGAGCAUGCUCUGUUGUUAGCUAGAAACGUAGUUGCUAACUUAAAUAGUAAUGCUGACCGUAUGGUACGAGUACAAACUCCUCAGGCAGAAGAGCCAAAGUUUGAUAUUGAGGAUCUGCACGGGAUCGUAAACGCGAAUUUACAAAGACCUUACGAUGUCCGUGAAGUAAUAGCGAGGAUCGUCGAUGGCAGUAGAUUCCACGAGUUUAAAGAGUUGUAUGGUGAUACUUUAGUGUGUGGGUUCGCAUCUAUUUUCGGGCACCCUGUUGGUGUGAUAGGAAAUAAUGGAGUGUUGUUGUCUGAGUCUGCGUUGAAGGGUGCUCACUUUAUACAGCUGUGUGCAGCGAGGAAGAUACCUUUGUUGUUCCUGCAGAACAUCAACGGUUUUAACGUCGGUCGCGAGGCUGAAGCGGGUGGCAUUGCAAAGAAUGGUGCCAAAAUGGUGACCGCUGUCAGCUGUUUCAAAGGCCCUAAGAUCACUGUUCUUGUCGGUGGUAGCUUCGGUGCAGGCAACUAUGGUAUGUGCGGACGAGCGUAUUCCCCGAGCUUCCUUUACAUGUGGCCUAACUCAAGGAUUUCUGUGAUGGGUGGGCCUCAAGCAGCAACCGUUUUGUCGUUAGUUUCUAAAGCCAAAGCAGAGCGAGAAGGUAGAACGUGGACUGAAGAGGAUGACAGGAAAGUUAGAGCACCAUUGGAAGAAAAGUUCGAAAGAGAAGGCCGGCCAUACUACAGCACAGCUAGGUUAUGGGACGACGGUAUUGUAGCUCCCAAAGACACUAGAAAAGUUAUAGGACUAAGUUUAUCCGCCGCUCUGAAUGCACCGUUCAGGGAAAGUAAAUUCGGCAUAUUUAGAAUGUAAACUGUGUGUGCUGAGACAAUGAGAGGCUAUCAAAGUGACAUUAAUAUUAAACGGCGCCUCGAACAAUCGGUUCUUUAUAUUACUGGAGUCAGUUACGGAUC